UUCCGCCGGCGACCAUAAAUGCAGCCCCAAUCAGCGGCCGGGGGCGUCGCUCUUGCGCCCUGACGCGCCGCCGCCGCCGCAGGACUCCGGAUGGGAGAGGCGCCAUGGACGUGCAAGUGGCGCCGCUGAGAUCGUGGGACGACUUCAUCCCAGGCCACGAUCGCUUCGCUCUGCCGGAUAUUAAGGACAUUUCCAAAUGGAACAACAGGGUCGUCAGCAAUCUGCUCUACUACCAGACCAACUAUCUCGUGGUGGCUGCCACGGUGAUCUCCAUCGUGGGAUUUCUGAAUCCCCUGAGCAUGCUCCUUGGUGCUACGGUGGUGAUCCUGGUAUUCACAGGAUUCGUGUGGGUGUCGCGCAACAAGGACUUCAUUCGCAAGUUUAAGAAGCGCUAUCCUGCUGCGUUUGUCAUAGCUAUUAUCCUGUUGAGUUACUUCCUGAUAUCUUUUUUUGGAGGUGUCAUGGUGUUCAUGUUUGGAAUCACCUUUCCUCUGUUCUUGAUGUUCGUUCAUGCUUCCUUGAGGCUUCGGAACAUAAAGAACAAACUGGAGAACAAGAUGGAAGUAAUCGGCCUAAAGAAGACACCCAUGGGUAUUAUCUUGGACCUCCUUGAACAACAAGAAGAAGGCAUAAACAAACUGGCUGAUUACUUGGUUAAAGCAAAGGAAUAAAUAUGCAUGCUUCUCUCUCUCUCUCUUUCUCUCUUUUAGUUUGAGGGAUUGUUUGGGCUUGUCUAGCAUCACUUUUCAGUCUGUGAGUCUAAUGAUACACAGACUGCAAGCUCUUCAAUGCUACACAAGCUCUUCAAUGUUUUUCUCGCCGGGACGGAGAGGUGAUGAUAACCAUCCCAUAACAAAUUUAAGAUGUCUGACAUGCAGCUGCAUUUGGUAGUUCAUAGCACUCGCUUGUUUUCAGCAGCAAAAGAUAGUUUGCAAGAAAGCUCUCCUUCUAUUUGUCUAUAUGUUACUGUUUUUCACAUACCUACUUUGUGGCAGUGCACUAAAUGUAAGCAGUCCCUUACCUCCUAUCUAACCAAGGGAAUGCUACAUGAAACCAAAACUAAUAUUAACUAGGGCUAAAGAACACCAAUUGUACAGUAUUUUGGAGUGUAUCCAAAUUUACUUGUUGUGUCUGUUUUCAAAUAGAAAAGCAAAGAACCCUCCCAAUUUAGUCACAGGACAGGUACAUUUUGUUGUGACAAAUCUGAAUCAUUCUUCUGUUUCCAAACUGGAACCCUUUCCUGUGCUAGAAUUGCAAGUCUGCAUAGAUGAGAUCUAGCAAACUAACAUUCCUUCAAUGCACCUAUGCAGAAUUACAGUAAUGAGGAGGCAGAUUGCAUUACAAGAGAAACAUGAUUUUCUGUGCAUGCCACAUCCAACUUUUACAAAGCUUUAAUAUAUAUAGUAAUACAUUAUAGCAGUAAUGAACUCUGCCAGACUUGAGAUCUGCUAGAAUGAAGGGUCUUAAAGGAUCUUUAGUCAAGAUGGAUAUGUAAUUUAAAUAACAGAACUGGAAAACUGAUUUUUUUUUUUUUUGCCGAUAUCUCAUCUUGACUCCUACAGUAGGAGCUGUCCAAGGUUUAUUUUCUGAUGGCAAAGGGAUAAACCCAUUCUGGGAAAUUUCUUAUUAUAUAUUUCAAUAACCUUGAAUCUCUGCCUGAAUGCUUAUUGAAUAUGAGUUCAGUGUGAGACAAAUUUUACCUAGUCAACACUGCAUAUCACACACUCCUAUCUUUCCCUUUCUUUGAUGUCUUUCUGAGCAAAAAUUUAGACUCCUAUUUAUUCAGCAAACUUCCACAGAAGGAAAACCCCUCAUGAUUUUUAGGACUGGUGUUAGCGUUGUAGCACCCUUUUGGCUUUUCCCUUUUGAGUUGAGACUUGUAACAUCUCAUUUUGUAUAUACAUUGUAAAAUGACCAGUAUUUUGUUGAGAGUAUGUCUCUACCUAUGCAUUCCAGGAUUAAAGACAAGUAACCUGGU